CAACUGACACAGAAAGAGGAAGAAGAGAAGGAGGAAGGAGACACACAGACAGAGACAGAAAGACAGAGACGGACGGACAGAGUGAACAACAUGAGAGCUGAGGAGUGAACCGUUGCUGUGCUGAUCUGACACUGCCGUCUGUCCAUCUGUCCGUCCACCUGCAGACAUGUCCUCGUCCAGAGGGGACAGUAAGACAGCCUCCCAGUUUGUGUCUCUGACCAUGAGGCUGAAGGAUAAGCUUCACCCACAGAGGGUCAGACGCUCCGAGCGAAUCAAACACACCCCGUCACAGAGAGUCAAACCGCCUGACCUCGACCUGCAGCACAAGGACGGUGGCGUGUUGGCGGACCAGCAGCGGGCCGUCAUCAGCUCUCUGCAGUACUUCAAGGCUCUGGUGGACAGACUGGGAGUGGACAGACAGGAAGUGGACAAACUGGUCCAGGACCAGUGUGUGGUGGGCAGACUGCUGGGCGGAGCCUCUGGUGGCGUCCUGGAGGCAGUCCAGACUCUGGUCCAGCUGGAGCCACACCUGCACAACAGUAAGACUGUCUCUUCCUGUCUCACUCGUCUCUACUCGUCUCUGGCUGAGCUGAUUCGCUGGGCUGAUCAGGUGAUGCUGCAGGGCGUCGCCAGCAGCAACAAAGAGUCCACAGCAAGCGUUACCACGAUGAUCAGGGCGGUGCUGGACGGGGUGAAGGAGCUGGUUCGAUUGGCUGCAGAGAGAAAAGACGGCUCCACCCCCUCAUCUCCUUUCCAAUCACAGCCUGCCGUGGGACAGACAGGCGGGUCAGGUGUCCAGCAGACAUCAGACAGGAAGUCCACCUGCCAGAGUCCAGGAGCUCCUGCAGAGGACAAAGAGGAGGAGGGGACUGUUGAUGCUCCUCCCAAACCUCCAAUGCCUUUCACAGAGCUCCUCCCCCAGGUGUCCCCUCCACAGGUGUCCCUCAACCGGGUGUCCCUCCCCCAGAUGUCCCUCGACCAGGUGUACCCUCCACAGGUGUCCCUCAACCGGGUGUCCCUCCCCCAGAUGUCCUUCGACCAGGUGUCCCCUCCACAGGUGUCCCUAAACCGGGUGUCCCUCCCCCAGAUGUCCCUCGACCAGGUGUCCCCUCCACAGGUGUCCCUAAACCGGGCGUCCCUCCCCCAGGUGUCCCCUCCUCAGGGACUCAGUCCACCAGCCCUGCCACCCAAAAAACGUCAGUCGUCAUCAGGCCCCGCCUACUGCAGGGUCGCCGUCGUAGCACCAAUGAGACGAGAGCCUGAAGUGGACACACAGGAGGAUGAGUGUUUGAAGCGUUUCUCGUCUUCGUCGGCUGCUGAGGACACACACUGUGAGGACGAUCCGGACUACGACUUCCUCCACACUGACCUGUCCUCCUCUGAGACUCUUCCUCCUCUUCUUCAGCCCUCCUCCCCCCCCCCCGCCCUGCCGGAGAAGACUCGUGCUGCAGGAACCAACUCUCAGGCCCAGACUUCAUUUGGGUUCGAUCCUGCUGCCCAUAAAGAGAGCCCCGCCCACUGCGAUGAUGUCAUUGGUCCUGACGAGUCACUGUCUUCCCCUUUGUCCCCCAGCAAGACCCCACCUCCCCUCCCUGAGAAGAAACGACACAUCCAUCAGUACCUGCAGGUCUGUUCUUCCUACAGCGCUCAGGCAGCCGCCAUGUUCUAUCCACGACCUUUGACCCUCAGUGAGCGAUACAACAGUAGGCAGCGAGAGGUGGAGACCACCUACCAGCUCUCACACACACACCUAGACACACAGACGUUAGACUCCACCCCCUCACCUGAGCUGCUUCCUGCUCCAGUUCUACCACCGAAGAAGAGACAACAGGACUCAGCUGGACCGUAUGAAGAGGACCAGACCAGAGACAGUGUCCAGCAGGAGACAGAGCAUGGCAGGAGGAGCAGUAAGGAGCUGGAGGAGCAGGAGGAGGUGUUACUGAUCGACCAGCAGAAGGUCCUCCGCAGAAUCACAUUGAAAACUCAGGAGGAGGACGGGCCAGACGUGAAGGCAGCCUCUCCUGAGAUCCUGUUGGUCUACGCCACAGAGACUGACAAGAGCACUGAGCACGUCCUGUACCGUGAAGCCUUCCUCUCCACCUACAGAAGUUUCAUCAGCCCAAAUAAUGUCAUCAGCAAACUACAGUAUAGGUACAGACAUCUGUGUGACAGACAUGAGCCUGCACACCUGACCGCUGCCAAGAACACCUUUCACCUGCUGGUUCGAGUGGUCGACGAGCUGUGUGCGAUCGAGCUGGACUCUGAUUUGCUGCUGCUGUUGAUGGAACUGGUGUUCAGCCUCCUGAUUGGAGGAGAGCUGGGACUGGCCCGCCUGCUGCGCUCCAAUAUCCUGUCCAAGAUGGAGCAGAAGUGGCAGCUGAUUGGCUCACCUCAGUCACUCCGCCCCCUUGCAGCCAGGGGCGUGGCUGCCAGACCAGGAACUCUUCUGGACUUCAGGAGUCAGGAUUUAGCUGAACAGCUGACUCUGCUGGACUCUGAACUCUUCUGCAAGAUCGGGCUUCCAGAGGUGUUGCUGUGGUCGAAGGAGCAGAAUGAGGAGAAGAGUCCAAACCUGACAGAGUUCACCCAACACUUCAACAACGUCUCCUUCUGGGUUCGAUCUGUCGUCAUUCUUCAGGACAAACCUCAGGACAGAGAGAAACUGUUGCUCAAGUUCCUGAAAAUCAUGAAGCAUCUGCGGAAGCUGAACAACUUUAACUCGUACCUUUCCAUCCUGUCAGCGCUGGACUCCGCCCCCCUGCGACGCCUGGACUGGCAGAGAAGCACAGCUGAGGCUCUGGAGGAGUUCAGCUCUUUGAUUGACAGCUCAUCAUCUUUCAGAGCGUACAGAGCAGCUCUGGCUGAAGUGGAGCCUCCCUGUAUACCCUACCUGGGUUUGAUUCUUCAGGAUUUGACCUUCGUCCACCUGGGGAAUCCUGAAAUGUUAAUGACAUCGGAGGGUUCAAAGGUCAACUUUUCUAAACGUUGGCAGCAGUUCAACAUCCUGGACACUCUGAGGAGCUACCAGCAAGUUCCGUACGCUCUGCAGCCAAAUGAUGACAUCAUAUCUUUCUUCAAUGAUUUCAAUGAUCACCUGGCAGAGGAGGCAUUGUGGGACCUCUCUCUCAGGAUCCGCCCUCGAAAUGCCCCACGAGCCAAUCAGAGAUGACAGACCAAAACAGACUAAACUUGCACUGAGUUAACCUGAACUAUCCUGGAACGUCACAAGGCUAGCCUGUGCUACCUUAAUGCUAACUUGUUGAUACUGAAGACUGAGGUGGAUCAACCUGGUGCUAACCUGAACUGGUGCUGAUGCCUGGCAACAGCCCCAAAAGGAAGCUAAUCUCAAGAAACUAAUUGUGGCUAACAGUUUGUGCUAACAUGUGUUUAUCUAGACCGUUCCUGCAACAACGUCAACUGACAAAGUUUAGCUAGGUUUUAGCAGAAGUUAGCUUGGAGCUAGUCCCGGGUUAGCCAAGUGUAAUUCAGGUAUUAUCUGGGGUUAUCCUGGAGCUAAGCGGGGUUAGCCAGGUGUUGGCCAGGUGUUAGCCAGGUGUUUUGGGGCUGAUGUGCACUCCUGGUGGGCGUGGCCUGUUCCUAUAUCUGACCUCAGAACUGUUCACAUAUUCAAAGCAAUAUCACAAUAAACAUCACUGUUUACUUCC